AUGGCAUAUGCAGAUGUGCAGAUGUUCAUGAAAAAGUUGAAGCAGCUCAUAUACUCCAACGAUAUCCCAAUCAUCAAAAUACCAUCAAUUGUACGCGAAGGGCCUCAAUUCCAAAUGCUUUAUGAAGAGCUUGGCUCCAUGAUCCAAACCCUUUUCAUCCACCAAGACCAUGGCCUAGAAAACUUUGAAAAAGUCACAAAUCUGAGGAAAAGAUUCAAAGCUGUAGCAGAAGAGGCAGAAGAUAUCGUCGAUCUCUUUCUAUCCACUGUCCACUUUGGAAACUACGGCUAUUUCCCUAGAUCUGAUGUCGUUCACCCGUCCCUGAACCUUGAAGCUGUUAUGAGAUCAAUCGAUUCUAUCAAGAUGGAAUUCAUGACUAUGAGCAUCGAUAACAUGAAGAUGGACGCUUCUCAAAGACCUGGCACACUGCAAAUGCAAUCUGCUGGAACUUCCCGCACUAAAAAUUCACUCCGGUCGAAGAAAGUAUUGGAAGAAAUCGUUGUGGGGAUUGAUCGUGAUGCUGAGAUAAUACGGGACAAGCUUGCUGAAGAUGGAAAGCAUCUGGAUGUGGUCUCUAUUGUUGGUAUGGGUGGAAUUGGUAAGUCAACCCUUGCUAACAAAGUCUUCUCUGAUCCUUUUGUUGUUUAUCAUUUUCAUAUCCGUAGAUGGGUCACUGUUUCCCAAACAUAUGACAAGCGGGAUCUGUUGAUUCAAGUUCUGUCAUCCAUAGAUGAUCAGUUAGAGCUUGAGAAAGCAACGGACUCUCAACUUCAUGAAAUGCUGCACAGGAGCCUAUACUGUAAGAGAUAUUUGAUUGUCAUUGAUGAUAUCUGGAGUACAGAGGCAUGGGAUAAGUUGAAAUUGUUUUUCCCUGAUCAUAACACUGGAAGUCGAAUUCUUCUUACUAGUCGCCUCACUGAAGUCGCUGCACAUGCAAAAUCACAUGGACUCAUUCAUCAUUUACAACAUUUGACAGAAGAAGAAAGUUGGGAGUUGCUGUGUGGGAAGGUGUUCCAAGGAGAUGAAUGUCCUGAAUGGUUGAUUGAACCUGGAAUGCAAAUUGCAAAAAACUGUCAUGGAUUGCCGCUUUCUGUGGUUGUGAUGGCAGGAGUUCUUGUAAAAGAAGCAAGGAAUAAAGAUCUGUGGGUAAAAAUUUCUUGCAGUGUCCAUUCAUACAUUGCUAGCGAUGAGAAAGGAUGUCUGGAAACAAUAGCAUUAAGUUACCACCAUCUACCUCUUCACUUGAGAGACUGCUUUCUCUGUCUGGGAGGGUUUCCAGAAGACUUCCGGUUCUAUCCACCAUUGUUGCUUUGGUUAUGGAUGGCUGAGGGAUUUAUACAAGAAGAUAGAAGUCGAAGCUUGGAGACAAUUGCUAAUGGUUACCUGGUGGAUCUUGUUGACAGAAAUCUUCUUAUAGUAGCGAAAUGGAAUCUUAUCGGUGAUGUCCUUUGUUGUAAAGUCCAUGAUCUUGUGAGGCAGGUAUGUGUGGAAAAAGGAAAAGAAGAAAGAUUCUUCUUGAAAAUAGACUCACCACCAUCUAAUCGUCUCUAUGAGGUAAUGACCACACAUAAGCAACGUCGUGUGAUCAUAAAUCAAGAAAUCGACAUUAUGAGUUUGCCUAGUCCGCUCACCCCAAGUAUUCGAUCGCUUUUGUGCAAUCAUGUGGACACAACCUUAACUGACAAUAUCUCAAAGUUUUUCUAUUCCUUUGCACUUCUUAGGGUGUUAGAUCUAGAAAAAUGUGAAACGAUUGAUUUUUCCCCCUAUUUAGCAUUACUAGUUCACUUAAGGCACCUUGACAUUUGGCUGUCAUCAUUACCACCAUCAAUAUGCAAUUUAUGGAACCUUCAAACCCUCAUUGUUAGAACAAGUUCUAGUUCUAUGGUUUUACCUAGUAACAUAUCAAAUUUGGUGAAUCUGAGGCAUUUAACCUGUAUCGCAGAACUUUAUCUUCCUUCUAUUGAAAAACCGAUGAAAUUGGAAGUUAUUACGGAUGUGGUGUUGGGAGAUGGGGUAGAUAAUUUUCAGAAAUGUUUUCCCAGGAUCAAGGAACUUGCAACUACUCUUUACUCUGACGAGGAAAAUGAUUUUGAAGUACUCCAUCACCUUCAAAUCUUGAUAUUAAUUGGGUCGGGCUACAGCAGAAGGAGAUCAGUUGAGCGAGAACUUCUCAGAGGUGAACCAAACUUGGGAAAGAAUCACAUUAUUAGGUUCCCUGCAACACUGAAACAACUUACACUUGAAAGGUGUGGUCUACGGUGGAGCGACAUGUUGAUCCUUCAAUCGUUGCCUAAUCUUGAGGGUCUUGCAAUAAAAGACAAUGGAUUUGAGGGAACCAUGUGGGAAACAGGUGAUGAGCAGUUUCAACGACUAAAAUUCUUGAGACUUAAAAAGUUAAAUAUCAAACAAUGGAAAGCCUCAAGUAUCAACUUUCCAUGUCUCGAACGAUUAGAGGUGCUGAAUUGCAUUGAUCUUGAAGAGAUACCCCUUGAAUUAGGGGACAUCUCAACGCUUGAGUAUAUUUGUGUUAAGAAUUGUGAUGCUUCUCUUCUCGAAUCCCUUCAAAAAAUACGACAGGAGCAAGAUGAUGUGGGGAACUAUGAACUAAAGAUCAAAGUUGAUGGAAGGUAUAUGCCUUCUUAUGUACCACAGCAUGACGAUUAA